GCUACAUGAGUUUGGAUGCCGUUCAGAUGAGAAAAGUGGCUAAAAAAUCACCGAUAGAUCCACUAUGCCUGUGAAGCUCGUCAUCGCAAUCAGCAAGAGAGACGACAUCUCGUAUGAAGAAUUCGACCGAUAUUGGUCUGAAGAACAUCCAUCCACGUGCUACCCGGCAUCGGUCUAGAUCGUACGAUCUAAAUCCAGGGUAAGAGCUUAGCUAUGGUAUUGGGACUAGUCGAAUAUUGCAUGGGUGAUUCUAGACCCAGACAGGGAUGCUCCAGAUAGACGAAACAAUCCGAGUUCAUUCAAAUCCGAAUCACCGACAACAUCUCCGAACCAGCGUGGAGCCACGAAACUCAUCCCCACCCCUCACAAUCGGACUAUUGUCCAAUACUCGAUAUCUUUGAUAACCCUUCUCUGGCUUCGACGGUUAAACUCUGACUUCUGACAGGGACUCCAACUAGAGUGCGAGAUCUUGAAAGUCCAAGUACCCUUUGCAAAUGAACAAAUACAUGAACUGAGCCAUCACGAUUCAUUAAAUAUAAGUAGUCAACUAGUCUUUGGCUAUAGAAAUAUUGUUACUAUACCAUGGGAUCUAUUGCAAGGGUUUUACCAUACCGGAUUGGUGUUGACGUUGGCGGCACCAACACUGACGCCGUUAUCGUUGAUAGUACGACUAGCAACCGAUCCGAAUGCGUUAUUGCAGCUCACAAAACCCCGACCACAUCACCUAACGUCACAGAUGGAAUUGAGACUGCGGUUCGUCAUGUUCUAGAGCAGUCCAAAGUACCUCUCGAUCAAAUUUCGUCUCUGUCAAUCGGCACCACGCACUUUAUCAAUGCAAUCAUCGAGCAUGAUGAUCGUCAUCUUGCGAAAGUCGCCGUCAUUCGAUUAUCAAAGAGUUUUACUAAAGAUGUACCACCAUUUUCCAACUUUCCGCCACUUCUCAAGGAGAUCAUGUAUGGCUGGCACACAUACGUUGAUGGUGGGCUUCAUAUCGACGGCAGCGAGGAAGCCCCUGUCAUAGAGAGUCAAGUGAUCGAGGCCUGUCGAACCAUUAAAGAGAAGGAUCUCACUUCGGUCGUUGUUUGUGGUGUCUUUUCCCCUCUUGAUUCAAGUUUCCAACAAGAAGAAAGAGUCCGCAAGAUCAUCGUGGAACAGUUGCCGGGUAUUAGCGUGGUGUGUUCGGCUGACGUCUCGAAUCUUGGAUUCUUGGAACGUGAAAAUGCCUCAAUUCUCAACGCUUCAAUCCAUCGGUUUGCACAAAGGACAGUUCGAGAGUUUCGUGUUGCCAUGAAGAGACUUGACUUACGAUGCGCAUUGUAUCUGACCCAGAACGACGGGACAUUGAUCGAUGCCGAUGCCGCUGCUAGGCUUCCGAUUCGAACAUUUUCUUCUGGUCCGACCAAUUCGAUGAGAGGCGCUGCCUAUCUCAGCGGGCUUUACAGGGAAGGCUCGGUCAGCGAGGCAUCUAUCGUGUGCGACAUUGGAGGAACCACAGCAGAUGUUGGUAUUUUAUUACCAUCUGGGUACCCGAGGCAAUCUUUAGCCAAUGUGUCGAUCGCAGGAGUUAAGGUAAACUACACGAUGCCGCAGGUCGAAUCGAUUGGGAUCGGCGGAGGAUCUAUAGUCCGUGUUGAGGGCGACAAUGUCACCGUUGGUCCGGACUCGGUGGGAUUCGCCAUUAAACGAGAAGCAUUGGCCUUCGGUGGUCGUACCACUACCGCAACAGACAUCGCAAUUGCAUCUGGGACAUUGGUAACUGAAGCGAUUUCAGCGGGCCCCAACUCCCUCGAAGCGUCUGUGGUACAAAAGGCCCGCCAAGUCAUCAAAGCCCGGCUUGAACGCGUGAUUGAUUUGGUCAAAACAUCCGCUCAACCACUCAAGCUGAUUUUAGUUGGAGGUGGGUCUAUCGUUGCACUUGAUGAACUUGAAGGGGUGAAGGAUAUCGUCAGACCGCCAUACUAUGACGUGGCAAAUGCCGUGGGAGCAGCCACAUCAAGAGUCAGUGCAAGUGUUGACAUCAUUCAAGAAAUAUCAAAGACGACAAUGAAAGAAGCAUUAGCUCACGCCUCUAAUUUGGCCGUUGAGAAGGCUAUUCUCAACGGUGCGGACCCCGCAACAAUAGCCAUCACAGAGAAAGAAUCAUUACCUUUACAAUAUCUUGACCAUCGAGUUAGAACGAUUGUCAAGGCGGUGGGUGAUUUUGUCGCUGUGCCAGAAGUCAACGCUGGUAGCUGGGUUGACGAUAAAUUGGGCGCCGAAGAAGAGAUCCACCUGGAAACCAAACAAUACAAAAAGUUAGAACAGCAACAACCGUUAGACAUCGAUGGUUAUCGACCAACAAUCAUGCGGAACCAGGAGUCAGGGAAAGCCGAGUGGCUAGUUUCUUCAACAGACCUUGAAUGGAUGUGCGAUGGCUGUUAUGUUCUAGGAUGUGGAGGUGGAGGAACGCCUUAUCCGGAGACACUGAAGCUGCAACGCCUUCUGACUGAAGGUUAUCGACUGAGAAUCAUAGAUGCAGAGGACUUAGACCCUCAAGCAUCCAUAUACUGGGCCGGCAAUAUGGGAUCUCCAGCUGUGCCUCAGGAACGACUAUGCGCAAAUGAGUCAGUUGAAGCUCUCAAAGAAAUGCUGGAGUACUAUCACAAAGACUCGUUCGAUGCUCUUAUCGGCCUUGAAAUUGGAGGAUCAAACGGGCUGCUACCAUUGAGCAUUGGCUCCUCCCGAGAGUUUGACCGGCCUGUGGUCGAUGCGGACUGGAUGGGGCGAGCAUUUCCCAACUUGUGGCAGGUCACAGUGGCCGUACACGAGAAGAACCAGAUUGCUCCAUGUGCUAUUGCCUCGGGCGAUGGAAGAGCGAUGAUAUUGACCAAAGCCACAGACGACCGCAGUAUCGAUCGAUCGCUGAGAGCCCCUGCGAUCGAAAUGGGGUACUACGUUGGUCUGGCAGCAAAGCCAACUACCACAAAUCUUGUUCAGAAGUGGUCGGUCAGAAACACCAUGUCGCAGGCCUGGCGCAUUGGCCGAUGCAUUGCUAGAGCAAAUCUGAACAACACAGUUGGAUCUGUGGCGGAACAAAUAAUACAAGAGGUGGGAGGACCUACCACAGCCAAGAUCUUGUUCCGUGGUAAAAUCAUCGGGGUCGAACGUCGCCUCUACAAAGGUCAUUCGCACGGUGAAGUAGUAUUGCAGGCAAUACCAGUACAUGACGGAGAUCCCGUGGAAGAUGGGAGCUUGACACCAGCUGUGGCCCAUGGUGGCACAUUGAGGAUUCCAUUCAUGAAUGAAAACCUCAUCGCAGAGCAUCAUCCACCAGGAGGCAAGGCGAGAGUUGUCGCAACUGUACCCGAUUUAAUCACAGUCCUGGAUGCUCAAUCAGGACGAGCCUUGGGGGUUCCGGAGUAUAAGUAUGGAGUAGUGGUCAACGUCCUUGGAAUUACUUGCUCGCCCAUCUGGGGCCAGACAAAGGCGGGACUGAUGGCUGGUGGGCCAGCUGCGUUUGGAUUCGAUGAGAUCACUUAUGAACCUCUUGGGACUUAUAGUCAACCAAGAAGUGUGAUCGAGGAAUACGCUACCGGCUUGGACUGA